AUGGGAGGAACCCUUGAAGGCACUAAAAGACAAGAUGCUCACAUCUUGGCUUUUGCUGAGUCCAAUGGAGAAGGGAUCGUCCUAGUUGAGCAGUACUGGAAGUACAAGAAGGAUAUAACUGGAGCACUUUUUGGUGUGAAACAUGGCUAUUUAGUGACUACAACCCAAUCUGGUGCUAGAAGUAAAUGGGAUAUCAUUUGGCAUCCAGCCAGAGGAAAUCUCAUUAGAAAAAUAAAAUAUAGCCCUGUCAUUGAUGAUGAGUACCAUGCUUGGCAAAGAACCAAAGUUGAGCCUAAUUUAACUGAAAAAGACCUUGAAAAAUUAAUCCGAGAAAGCAAUUUGAAUUAUGACGUCAUGAAUUACAAUUGCUGGCACCAUUCAAAUAGUCUUUAUAGCCAUAUCACUGGAGAAAUUACCAGCGAUCACCCUCAUGCGUGGGUUUUGAAUUCGUGGAAAUCAUUGCUUGGAUGGUUUUAUAACCAUGAAGAAGCAACUAGAGUGAACAAGAGAAUUUCUGAAGCCAUUCUUAGAGCAAUGUUUGGAGGAAUAUAA